UUCUCACUCCAAUUAUAACACUGUAUAUUACUAUCUCUCCAUUAUUCUUGGCUUUGUAGUGAUCUGAAUCAACCCAUGUUUCCCACCUCUCCUUGUCUAAAUUCUAACAUGGGUUUGUACAAAAAACAGCCAUUAGUUGGCACAAAGAAAUCAACUUUAUUGAUUAUGUGAUUCUUGUCAAUACAUGCUGUCUAGUGGUUCUUGGUGAAAUCAUCAUCAAUGGAGGCUGUUCAGCUAAUGGGGUUUGCUCUUACACUCUUCAUUUCACUUUUUUCAGUUGUUUACAGCGUUACAGACCCUAAUGACCUUGCCAUUAUCAAUGAGUUCAAGAAAGGGUUAGAAAAUUCUGAGCUUUUGGAAUGGCCAGUUAAUGGUGAUGACCCUUGUGGUCCUCCAGCUUGGCCUCAUAUAAUUUGUACUGGAAACAAAAUUCAACAGAUUCAAGUUAUGGGGUUGGGGUUAAAAGGCCCUUUGCCUCAGAACUUUAAUAAGUUGUCUAAAUUGACUAAUUUGGGGUUGCAAAAGAACAAAUUUAGUGGAAAGUUACCAUCUUUUGGUGGUUUGUCUGAGUUGCGCUAUGCUUUCUUGGAUUUCAACAUGUUUGAUAGUAUUCCAUUAGAUUUCUUUAAUGGGCUUGUGAGUUUAGAGGUGUUGGCAUUGGAUGAUAAUCCUUUGAAUGCAACUACUGGUUGGGGUUUGCCUAAUGAGUUGCAAAGUUCAGCUCAAUUGACUAACUUGACUUUGAUGAACUGUAAUUUGGCUGGUUCUUUGCCUGAGUUUCUUGGAAAUAUGUCUUCUUUAGAUGUAUUGUUGUUGUCCAAGAAUCGACUUUCGGGGACUAUACCAGGUACUUUUAAGGAUUCUGAGCUCAAAAUGCUAUGGUUGAAUGAUCAGUCUGGUGAUGGCAUGAGUGGUUCAAUUGAUGUGGUUUCAACAAUGAGAUCACUUACUAGUCUUUGGCUUCAUGGGAACCAUUUUUCAGGUAAAAUUCCAAAGGAGAUUGGUAAUUUGACAUAUCUGCAGGAUCUUAAUGUUAAUAGCAAUGAUCUUGUUGGUUUAAUUCCUGAAUCUUUAGCAAAUAUGUCAUUAGGCCAUCUUGAUUUGAAUAAUAAUCAUUUUAUGGGGCCAAUACCAAAUUUCAAAGCUAUAAAUGUUAGUUAUCAAUCUAACUCUUUUUGUCAAGCCAAAAUUUGUGCACCUGAGGUUAUGGCACUUUUAGAAUUCCUUGAUGAGUUGAAUUAUCCAUCUAAACUUGUUGAAUCAUGGUCAGGAGAUAAUCCUUGUGACGGGCCGUGGUGGGGAUUAAGUUGUGACAUUAACCAAAAAGUUAUUGUGAUAAACUUGCCUAAGUCCAAUCUUUCUGGUACCUUGAGUCCUUCAAUUGCAAAAUUAGAUUCUCUUACUCAUAUUUAUCUUGGAUCUAACAAUAUUUCUGGUUCUAUUCCAUCUAGUUGGACUAGUUUGAAACAUUUGGUUCUGCUUGAUUUGAGUAAUAACCACAUUUCCCUUCCUCUGCCUGAAUUUACUCCCCCCUUGAAACUCGUCCUGAGUGGAAAUUCGUUACUGAACUCUAGUCCUCUUAUAGCAAGCCCUUUGCAAAAGAAUAGUACAUCCACUUCUGUUUCACCCUCUUUGCCGACCAAUAAGUCAAGCUCUUCCAAGUCUAACUUAGUCAUUUUUGUGGUUCCUAUUGCAAGUUUUGCACUUUUAGUUUCUUUUGCUAUGCUACUAUAUGUUUACGUUCGAAAGAGGAGUAUGGAUAGGCACAAAGGUCCAACUUCUCUAGUGGUUCAUCCUAGAGAUCCUUCUGAUUUGGAUCGGAUGGUCAAGAUUGCAAUUUCCGAUGAAACUAAAGGAAGUCUUUCGAUACUAACUGGAAGGGGUUCUUCUAGUAUACACAGUGGUAAAUACCCUGUGAUGGAAGCUGGCAAUUUGGUCAUAUCAGUUCAAGUACUUAGGGAUGUAACCAAGAACUUUGCUCCAGAAAAUGAACUCGGGCGUGGUGGUUUUGGAGUGGUUUAUAAAGGAGAAUUAGAUGAUGGAACAAAAAUAGCUGUCAAAAGAAUGGAGUCUGGAGUAAUUAGCAGCAAAGCGUUGGAUGAAUUUCAAUCUGAAAUUUCUGUUCUUUCCAAAGUCAGACAUAGGAAUUUAGUGUCUCUGUUGGGAUAUUCUGUUGAAGGCAAUGAACGGAUUCUGGUUUAUGAACACAUGCCACAAGGUGCUCUUAGCACGCAUCUUUUCAACUGGAAAAGCUUGAACUUAGAGCCUCUUUCGUGGAAGAGGAGGCUGAAUAUUGCAUUAGAUGUUGCUAGAGGAAUGGAAUAUCUACAUACAUUGGCUCAUCAGUGCUUCAUACACAGAGAUCUCAAGCCCUCAAAUAUCUUGCUGACUGAUGAUUUCCGAGCAAAAGUAUCAGACUUUGGACUCGUGAAACCCGCCCCUAAUGGAGAGAAGGGCUCUGUGGUCACCAAGCUAGCUGGAACUUUCGGAUAUUUAGCACCUGAAUAUGCGGUUACUGGUAAAAUCACCACUAAAGCCGAUGUCUUUAGUUUCGGUGUUGUCCUUAUGGAGUUGUUAACUGGAUGGAUGGCACUUGAUGACGACAGACCAAAUGAAAGCCAAUACUUAGUUGCAUGGUUCUGGAACAUCAAAUCCUCUAAAGAGAAACUUAUUGCAGCAAUCGAUCCAGCUCUGGAUGUGAAACAAGAGAGUACAUUUGAGAGCAUCUACACCGUUGCAGAACUUGCUGGUCACUGCACAGCAAGAGAGCCUGGCCAACGCCCUGACAUGUCCCAUGCUGUGAAUGUGCUCUCCCCGCUCGUUGAGAAAUGGAAGCCUCUUGAGGAAGAUUCAGACGACGAUUGUGGUAUCGAUUACAGUCUUCCACUCAAUCAAAUGGUCAAGGGCUGGCAAGAAUCAGAAGGAAAAGACUUGAGUUGCGUCGACCUUGAAGACACUAAGGGUAGUAUCCCCUCAAGGCCUACUGGAUUUGCUGAGUCCUUUACAUCAGUUGAUGGUAGAUGAGAAAAAAGGUACUGCACUACUUCUAGUGUAGUUGAUCUGAUAUUCUUAUUCAGUAAAUGUGGAUAGCAUUUUUGUUUGUUUUUGUGUGAUAUUUUGAUCCUGUUUUUUAUCUAUGCUUUCUUUCACUUUUAUUUGUAGAAAAUUUUACUCCAAUGUAUAGUCUUUUGAAGUUAUGUGGGAUGUAGAUAUGGUAUAGUGAUGAUUGAUGAAUGAAAACUGUUUCCAUGUGUAAUUCUUU